AGCAUAACACUUCGCAAGCAGCUUUCCAGUGCCUAGUGUGAAGUUGGUGGAAAGCUAAGCCCGAACGGCGGCUAGUGCGAUUCAUUACGAUCCAGCCGGGUUCAUCGCUUUUGCGUACAUGUCCUUUUGUCGGUGCGCUAUGCUAUCAAACUUCUAAACCUAACAGAAGUAGGUAAAUACUGGCACAACUUUGAAGCGUGAAACAUAGUUGGGUGGUACAAUCGUUGUGUGAGACCUCAGUAAUCAAUAAUCAACUCUCCGCUAUUAUUGAGUCGCAGACGGACGGAAAGUGGAAGUGAACAAACAGAAAGCCAACAUUAAAACAUAUAUAUGUAUAAAGCACGACAAAAAAUCGUGCAAAGCAAGAAUCAACCGAUCAAACGUGUGUUCAAGCUCUGUUCCGAAAAAUAGCGUUGUCUUUUACAUUCGCAAUUCGACAGCUCUGAGCUCGGGGGCUCCGAUUAGCACCGGGAGCAAAAGGAGAAAAAGAAAGAGACUUAUUAAUAUAUUAAUUUCUUUUUGAUUGAUAUGUUGUGUGUUGAAUGAAAACAUAAACGUGAAAGAAAGCAAAAGCUCGUGUGGUGUCAGGAGACUACAUUUCGCGCCUGCUUUGUGAACGUUCAUCAAACAAGAGGAGGUAAAUCUUCUGCGUGGUGCCCAAAAAACGGACGUCGUGCGAUCUUCGAAGAGUCCUCCCCGGGGAGUAGUGCUAUUGCUUACCUCAAGUUCCCUUCCCGCUGAAUCAUCGAAACAGUAAGUGCUUGGUCCCACAGCUAAGGUGAAGAGUGAGGUGUGUCAGAGAGGAUUUACUUUGCCGGGUGUUUUUCCUCCGUCGAACUACACACUCCUGGCCGAAAAUCAUAACAUCAACAACCAGGGGCCCAAAGCCGGGGUCUCCCAGAGUUCGAACGUGCUGCUUUUGCCGCGGAGCACAAAAAGAGUAUCAAAGCGUUAAUAGCAUCGUCGUCGUUUUGCUUAUUGGUCGUGCCAAGUUGAACUCGCGGGAAGCGAAAAAGAAAAACGAGUUUUGUUUUAUUUGGACCCGCGGUCAAAAACGAAACAAAAAUAUUGAUUUCGGUCAAGUUCAAAGUGAUUUUUUGCAACAACGCUUACACACAGAUACACGAACUCUGUCACAGUGCACGGAACAAGUUUAUUAAAUUAUCUACAAAAUCGUCCGAUGCUGAACCCUUCUCUCUUCCUCUCGCUAACUCGUGCACAGGAAAGUGGGUGGACUAGUUGACUGGAGGAGGUAAAUCGGUUCGUUGCGAACAGGCUUUCGGUAGUGUAAAGUGUGGAAAACAGAUUUAGUGCUGGAAAACAGCCAACCAAAAAGAACGUUGGUUGCCUCAUAGUAACGAUCGGGUUAAAAGUUGAAGUUAACCGACCGUUAGGUGAAACAUUGAUUGCCGAUUUUAGAAUUACUGGUGCCAAAGUUUUACUUUUCGGAUUUACAGCGCAGUGAUAUUACCGAACGAUCAAACACCUUGUUUUGUGAUAAGAAGUAAACUGUAAAUAACUGGUGUGAAACCUUAUUAAGCUUGAUCAGAGAUUAGAGGACGUUUCUACAAGCAGAAACCGUCAUCGUAAACCAGAGCGCCGACCAUGAGUGUGCAACGCUACAAAUUAAUAUUUAUACUGAUAUUUUUCAUCCACCGGUCAAAUGCCAGCGAUCCGCCGCAUGGUGGAGUUCACUCCCGCCCGGUCAGUCGAAGCGCCUCAUCAAAUUUGCCCCCAGAAAACAAUGGUCGAUCGAUGUUUUCCCCUCGAAUGGAAUAUAAUGAAUGGCAUCCCGUUGGUCGAGGCGAUCCUCUCAAGAACGAUCCAACCUACGAUUACAGUCCACCUGUGCUAGAACGAGUUCGGUACUGGCCAGAAAACAUGGCUAACAAGGAUAAAAAUAGUGACAUACUACUUCUAGGAGUACCAUCCAAAAAGUCGAGCUCUAAGGCAGUUGACCAACAGCUCGGGUGGAGUAAUAACAUACCACUCCGUCGCAAUUACUAUCAUCACCAAAUCAACCAGUUACCAACGGUACUAAUGCCGCCUCCACUCAACAAUCAUCUUCAGCAGGACAGUAAUGACGGACAUUUUUGGACCCAAGCCAAUACCCAUCAAUCUCAGCGCCUUGAGGCAGAAGGAUUCCGCUAUAAGCCGGUUGGUCCUAUCGCACAAUCCGCUAACAGCUUCGUUAAUCAGUAUUCGGGGACAAAAUAUACGGAACCAUCGAUGAUGCAAAUGGUUCCAUAUCAACAGCAAAACUCAAUGCAAGCGCAUCUUAAUCAACCGUUUACAACUACUCUUCGUCUUACAACUCCCAGCGAUGGCAGCUAUAGGAAACCUAUCCUACACACAAUCCUACAAAAUGAAAAAGCUUAUCCGUUUACAAAAUCCACCGCAACCAAAACUAUUACUGAAUAUACAUCGACAUUCUACAAUCCUCAAAGUAUAAACGCUAUGGCAACAACCGUCAUUCAUGAACCACAAACCAUUGAGUAUUUAACUUCGGAAACAUCUCACGUCAUUCCGACUGUAAGCACAGAGAUCCGAGCUCCUCACGUGACACCAGCUGCGUUCGUUGCUCCAAUGACAACUACACGUAUUCCUCUUACUGCUAUCACAUCCUCUUCCACUACCACCACCACAACGGUUGCUCCACCACCAGCUAUUACAGCCGACUCGUUGUUUUCCCACUAUAGCCAACCGGCGAAACAAAUUAACCGCGCCCCACUAUACCUUAUAAUUGAAGGUCACUCGAAAGUUAAAACUUAUGGACUAAACAACAACAACACGCUCAUGUUGCCUCCGAAGAUGGUUCCGGUCGUGGGUUCCAAAGAUCCCGUAGUCCGACGCGUAAUCAAUCGUGGUGAAUCGGGAGCUGAAAUGGAGGUACCCCACAUCACUAUGAAACCUACGACGACUACAUCGAGUUUCUCUUCGGACGAGGAAUCCAGUGCAGAAAAGUCUGCCAUUGAUUCGUUACUUGGUCUGCUAGAUUCCUCCUUCGGGGGAUACCUAUUGAGAGGGGAUUCCGCAGUAAACUCCAUCGACAGUACCGAAGGUGACAAAGACUCUAAAUCGCGUAGGAACAUCAGGAGUAUUCGUAGAGAACAACAGCAGCGGAAGGAAAUAUAUGUGAAAGGAUCUUUUGUGGCUGGCCACAGCUCAGGAUCUUCCGAUGGGUACCACAAAGGGUCUGUGCUGCAUGUGAAACCCACAAUCGUCGAAGGUGCGUACUAGGAGUGUACCGUUGAAAGAUAAAACUGACCUGGAAACCAUCGAUGGCAAUGGGAUGUUGUUCAAGUGUAAUGUAUUGUUAAGUUUGGAAAUAUUGUCGAACUCAAGCAAUUAGAUUUUUAUUCGCGCCACUGUUAUUUCGUGGUAAAAUGUAUGACUAUCAUGUGACCAUCUGUACAUAGAAACGAGUACAAGUAAGCUUUUAGACUACAGUAAGCUUCAUAUAGGUGCUAAGAUAUGAAAGUCCAAAUUCUCUGCGUACGAGACAAGUGAUUUGAAGGUACAAUCAGCUCUCUGUGUCAUUUUCAGCGAGAAAAUGUUGCAACGAGAAAAACAGAUGAAAAUAAACUGAUUG